AAAACCGUUGAAGCUAUAUGUAAGCUUAAAAACGAGAUUUCUUGGCCAUCUGCUUCUCAGCAGACCAAGAUCAUCGAAGAUUUCCAAGAAAGCCGGGUGAACUCCUUUCCAUUUGUAGUAGGGUGCCUGGAUGGAACCCAUUUCCACAUAAACACCCCGAGGACAGAUGCCAUAAGCUAUUAUGAUCGAAAAGGAAGCUAUUCAAUAAUUAUGCAGGCCAUAUGCCACAGCGCCUUUCGUUUUUUGGAUGUUUUUAUCGGCUUUCCGGGCAGCUGCCACGACGCUAACGUGUGGAAAAAUAGCCCACUUUACAAAGGAAUAGCUUCUGGACAGAUUCAUCUAGCUAAAGAUGCUGUAAUUUUAGCAGACUCAGCAUAUCCUCUUUCCAAAUACAUAAUGGUUCCAUACAGAGAUAAUGGACAUUUGUCAAGAGAAGAGAAGCAGUUUAAUUACUAUUUAAGUUCUACUCGCGUUUUUAUUGAGCAAGCCUUUGGAAUUUUAAGGCAGAAGUUUAAGAUUUUAAAUCACAUAGAUGUGAAAUCUCAAAAAGAUAUUUCAAAAGUCGUGUUAGCUUGUUCAAUUUUACAUAAUUUUAUAAUACGAAAUAGUACAACAAAUUUCGAAGUUGAGAAUACGUUUGUAAAUUUAGAAGAUGGAAAUAAUCCAGAAAUCGAAUUACCGGAAAACAUCAAUGACACUAAUGAAGGCGUUGAAAAAAGAAAUAAUUUAAAGAUGUUAUUUGUUUCAUAAUGGUUUUUAUUUACAUAUGUACAUGCACACAUUUUCCUUUUGUUACAUUGAACUCAUUUUUAUUUUUAA